AUGUCGAUUUUUAACGAGCGCGACUCGGUGCUGCUGGUAGGCGAGGGCAACUUCUCGUUCGCCGCAGCGUUGUCGCGACAAAAUUUCAACGUAGAGCUCGUUGCCACCUGCUACGAGUCUGCGUGCCAAGGGGCCGCAGAAAGAAACGUAGAUUACCUUCGGGCGAACGGUAUCCGCGUGCUGUUUGACGUGGACGCCACGAAACUGGAGGAAUGUCCCUCGCUGAAGUCGCGACAGUUCGACAAGAUAAUCUUUAACUUUCCCCACGUCGGCGGUAAAAUGAGAAUAGAGAGAAACAGGGGCUUGUUGAGGGGCUUCUUCGCGUCGUCCGCGAGGAUGAUAAAGGAAGACGGCCGGGUGCUGGUUACGCUGUGCAACGGCCAGGGUGGAACGCCUGUGGACGAGCCCAGGAGACGCUGGGACGACUCCUGGAAGAUCGUGGAAAUGGCUGCGCACGGCAACUUUGUAUUGACGAGAGUGGAGCCCUUUUUGUGGCGGUCUUUGCCGGACUAUGUCGUGACCGGCUACCGCGGUUUAGAUAAGCGAUUCCACACGGCGGGCUCGUGGACGUAUUGUUUCGCCAGGACCGAGCCACCCGUGGCGCACAAUAUCGCACCUAGGAAUAAGAUAGACGCCUCUGAAUGCGCUGCGGAUAAUGUUACGUGGAAGGAUACGACGCACCACAUCCGAGAUAAAUCGGAUCGUCGGCUCAAGUGCAUUUAUCCGUGUACUUUUACGUUCGACCUAACUUUGUCCACCGACGGAGAUUUCAGCACGGCUGAAUUCUAUCGAUCGCUGUACAAUUAUGCGGCGUCUAUUAUCGAAAACGUAGAUUUGAUCGACUGUUACCUGUCGCCUGUUGAUGGGAGGAUAAAGAGAACGUACAGGAUAGAUUACAAGUCGAAUUAUGUGCCGUUGUACAGGGGAAGAUCAAUUUAA